ACUCCCAAUUUUGAGACCUUUCAUCCACAAUCAUAUCUAAAUAUCUCAUAAUAUCAUCUGAACUCUAUCCAUCCACAAUUUUCAAAUUUUUAUCCACUACUGCAAUGGUUUACUGGAAGCUUCAAUGGCGACUCCAAUGGCGUUAGCUUCUUCAUCCUCUAAUUUCCUUUCCCUUCCGCGCACUGCAACGCACCUUUCGUUCUCGCCAAAGUCGCCGGUGCUCUAUCCCAAGCCAUGCUUCUCUAUAUCUUCCCUCGCCUCUCCGGAUUUAGACCCAUCGUUACCCUCAAACGUUCACACCUUCUGGCAAUGGCUUCGCCAGGAAGGCAUGGUCUCCUCCAAGACUCACGUGAAGCCGGCAAUUUUCCCUCAAGGCCUCGGACUGGCUACAACCAAAGACCUGUCCAAGAACGAGGUCGUUUUGGAGGUUCCCAAACGAUUCUGGAUAAAUCCUGACGCGGUUACUCAUUCCGAGAUUGGAAAUGCGUGCAGUGGAUUGAAGCCAUGGGUUUCUGUUGCUCUGUUUCUGAUUAGAGAAAAUUUGAAGGACGACUCGCGUUGGCGACGGUACCUCGAUAUUCUCCCGCCACAAACGGAUUCGACUGUGUUUUGGUCUGAAGAGGAGCUUGCAGAGCUCCAAGGAACCCAACUUCUGAGUACGACUUUGAAUGUAAAAGAAUAUGUUAAGAGCGAAUUUCUUAAGGUUGAAGAACAGAUAUUGCGCCGCCACAACGAUCUAUUUCCUUCUCCAGUUACACUGGAUGACUUCUUUUGGGCUUUUGGGAUACUCAGAUCAAGGGCAUUUUCACGACUCAGAGGCCAAAACCUUGUUUUGAUUCCUUUUGCUGACUUGGUCAACCAUAGCGUUAGCGUAACCUCAGAAGAAUAUGCAUGCGAGGUUAAGGCACCGGCAGGCCUCUUCUCAUGGGAUGUCCUAUUCUCUCUCCGGUCCCCAACUUCUGUUAAGGCUGGCGAGCAGGUGAAGUACUAAUUUCUACGUUCAUGUACCUGGCUGACAUGACUGGUAGUUGGAGUUUUCUCUUCUUGAAGGUUUUUAUCCAAUAUGACUUAAAAAAGAGCAAUGCGGAGUUAGCUCUUGACUAUGGGUUCAUAGAGCCAAAAUCCGACCGCAAUGCGUAUA